GUUCGGCGUUGACAAAACAGCGCGCUUCAAGAAAUCGCGCGAGUUGGAUCCCAUGGACGCCGUCGUCGACUUCCACACUCGUGGCGUCAUCGACGCCCAGUCGACCGGCCGCCUCCAUGUGACCAUGACCUACGCGCAGAGCCUCGACGGCUCCAUUGCUGCCAUCCGCGGCCAGCCCACGCUGCUGAGCGGCCCCGAGUCCAUGGCCAUGACCCAUCAGCUGCGCACGCUCCACGAUGGCAUUCUCGUGGGUGUGGGCACGAUCCAAGCGGACAAUCCGUCACUCACGGUGCGUCUCGUGCCACCACCGUUUGAGAAUCCGCAGCCGAUCAUUGUGGAUACGCGCCUCGAGCUCCCACUGGACUGCAAGCUCCUUACCUCGCCUCUUUGCAAGCGCCCGUGGGUUUUAACGACCGAUGGUCAUUGGGACCAAGGUAAAUUGGCUCGCAAAUCGACGCUGGAAGCCCAUGGCGCCAGGAUCAUCCCGUGCAAGUGUGCUGGCACCACGCACAUUGACUGGUCAGACGCAUUUGACAAACUGCGGGCGCUCGGACUGCUAAGCGUCAUGAUUGAAGGUGGUGCUUCGAUCCUUACGAGUGUUCUCCGUGAUCACGCGCACACGCCAAGCGGGAUCCUACACCACGCCAUCAUCACUGUCGCACCCACAUUUAUUGGUGGCUUGCACGCACUCACUGAGCGACUCCCUGCGGAUGCAUACCCGACACUAUCAAACACGCAGGCGAUUCCACUUGGCAAAGACAUCGUACUCGUUGGUAAAUUUGCAUAAAGAAACCGCAAUUCGUGAAAUUUAAAUUAGAGUGGCUAAAGGCAACAUUUUUGCGGUCAUGGCGCGUUCAAUCUUUGCGCAAUAUGAGGGCGAGAUUCGAGCACGAAAUUUGAUGGCAUCUUGACGGAGUGUUGUGUAGUGGGGAGAUGAUAAAAGCGGUGCAGAAAGUGGCUUUGAUGGCGUGUGAAGAAUGGGUUUUAGCAUACACGUUGAAAAUA